AUGAUAACUAAAAUAUUAAAAAUAAUUUUAAUUUUUUCAACCCACCGACAACCGGGGUUUGAAACCAAACUUCUACUCAGGAGGAUAGAUGGGGCGAUUCAAGUGGGAUCCAACGUAGAUCUAACUUUCUAUUCACUCGUGGGAUCCGGGCGGUCCGGGAGGGACCACCACGGCUCCUCUCUUCUCGAGAAUCCAUACAUCUCUUAUCAGUGUAUGGUCUGCUAUCUCUCGAGCACAGGUUUAGUUUUUGACAUGUGGUUCGUCCCUCUAAACCACCUACUGUAG